AUAUUUCAUCACAGAAACUUUUCUCUUCUCUGGCAGAGCUUUUAUCUCAGUUAUCAGGCGUGAGGCGUUCUGCAGGAGGACAGAUCAAUUCCUCUAGCCCUUCUGCUUCUCAGUUACAGCAGCUGCAGAUGCAACUGCAGUUGGAACGACAACAUGCACAAGCAGCGAGACAACAACUGGAGACUGCACGCAAUGCAACUAGACGCACCAACACGAUCAAUGUCAACACCACUAUUACACAAUCUGCAACAACAACCAACACAUCUAACACGGAAAACAGUCAGCAGACUAUCCAGAAUUCCCAGUUUCUUCUUACAAGGUUGAAUGAUCCGAAGAUGUCGGAAGCAGAGCGUCAGUCAAUGGAAAGCGAGCGGGCAGACCGCAGCCUGUUUGUUCAAGAGCUUCUACUGUCCACUUUGAUGCAGGAAGAAAGUUCCUCCUCAGAUGAGGAUGAGAGGGGGGAAAUUGCCGAUUUUGGUGCUAUGGGCUGUGUAGAUAUUAUGCCUCUAGAUGUUGCUUUAGAAAACCUAAAUUUAAAAGAGAGUAAUAAAGGAAACGAGCCUCCUCCACCUCCUCUUUGAUGACAUCCCACUUUGCAGACAAUGUCCUCUGUGCUGUAUUUGCCAAUGAAAGUGGACAACAACUAUCUUGGGUUUGUUUUGGUGAUUGUAAUUUCAGGUCUGUCACUCUUGUUACGUUGUGUACAUUAAAAAGAAAGAGAGAAAAGAUAUAUAUGAUAAUCAUUUCCACUUAACUAAUUUUUACUUCUAGCAGGUAAAUGUAGGUUGCGGUGCAGAGCAAAAGGCUCUGUGUCCUGUACCUUGACAUGCAAAAGGCUCUCCUAAUACUCCACAUUCAAACUGAAGAGGAAAAAAUGAAAAAUCUCUAAUGAAGCUGCUGUGUGUAUUUAUGAAUAUUAAUGAAUAAAAAAUGCUUGGAUGGUUUACCUUAACUACUGCAUGACGUUUUUUGCAGCGUGCAUGAGUUUUAGUGACCUUGUCAUUUAAAAAUUUAAAUACAAGGAAGUAAAACUAUAAAACCCAAAGCUUUCCCAUUAUUCAGAGGUUACCUAACAAAAAGGUUAGUGUGGUUUGUAGCCACAAAGUAGCUUUUGAAUAAUAUGUGACAGAAUGACAUCUUAUGUGCUGUUCCUGCACAGGAUGGAAACUGCAGUGGGUUGUAUUGUCGUGACCAGGGUGUGGCAUUUUGCUGUAUGUGAUCACUAUGUUGCCCUGUCGGCCAUCGCGUCAGUGUGGAGUUGAACUGCAUUUUAUGCAUCUGUAGGAGACACAACAAUAAGGCCACUGCUGGAAGCUACUGCAAAGGGCUUUUGUGUGCCCUGAAAUCAAACGAUGUUCACUUUUGUUUAAAGUUUGUUUUCUGUGGUUGUUAAUUUUUUUAUUGUUAAACAUGUUUUUUUAUUGUUAAACAUGUUUUAUUCAGGUGUAGAUGAUUCAUAUAUUCACUGUGUUUUUAAAAAAAAAAAAAGAAAAGUUAACCUGGAUCAUAUUGUCUUAGUUUAAAAAGCCUUUCACAGCCUCGAUCAUAUUUUGAGUUAUUUAUGUAUUCUCUUCAUAGUUUGCAGAGACCUGGUAGUAUCAGGAGAGCUUGAGGAUUUGGAUCCCCAGAUUGUCCGUAUAUUGCAAACAAAUUAUUAAUGCUAACUUUAGCACCUUCUAUUUAUUGUUUCUUUUGGUUACUUUUGCUGGUGUAAAAAAAAAAAAAAAAGAAAAAAAGAAAAAAAAAGAAAAAGUUUUAAAAGCCUUUUAGUGGAAUUGUGCCACCUAUAUGCCUAUACUGCUAGCCUUCCUGGUUUAAACAAGAAGUGCAGUGUUCUGUGCAUCCAUGUCCAUAAUAGCCCCAAGGCAGGGACAGAAAGAGUGUGUUUGGUUUUGGCUUUCUUUCCUUUUUUGUUUUGUUCUGUUUUUCUAAAUGUAAUGUUAGAUUAUAAAAACAGAAGUGCACACAGCUUCAGAUAUUAAAAAAACAACAAGAAAAACAACGAAGAAACCAUAGGCUUAUCUCAUAAUGAUGUCUUCCCAGCCUUUCUCACCUCCCCCUGCUCUCUUUCUCUGUCCAUCCAUCUCUGCAGCACUGCUAGCAUUAGAGUAAACUUACAGACGUGAACGCCGGGUGGUGUUCUCAGCAGAACUGUGACGUGUAUGCUAAUCCAAAAUAACCGCAGCAAAAGAAGCAACCCUGUAGACUGACUUUAAGUUCAUCUUUUUUAAAAAAUCCUCAAAUCCUGAUUGUUUCCCCCUAGAGCAGUACUAGCUUUAUUUUCUUUUAGUCUCUGCAACAGAAAAUAUUUCAAGGGAAACUUUACCUAAGGCCUCUGGUUAUUCCUAAGAUUAUCCUAACUAGGGAUUUUUUUUUCUUUUCCGAUUGAUUGUUGAGGAUUUUCAAAAGAUUUUCAAGCUGUAGUCUUUACAACCACAUCUUCUGCACAUUACAGUAAGACACACGGUUCAAUAAAGCAUUUUCAAGACUGUU